GCCGGUCACGCCGCGCGCCGAGCACAGACCAGACCCGUGAGCGCGCCCAGUCCGCGGCAGGUCUGGAAGUGCAGAGAGGAGGCAGGAAAACGCUGCUGGAGCGGGGAAUGAUGGCGGUGAGCGAAAAGAAGGGACAACUUUGAGACUGUAAAACCUGGACGUUGGGCCAUCUUUCGGUGUCUAACACGAUGAAGCAACCGGGAGAUGACUUCACUCCGUGUGUUUAGUUGAGACAACAGUGCUCCAGAAAAGCUCCGCCGGACCCAUGGCACCGGUUGCGUAAAGUCUUCGGGGAUAACAGUUCACCAGCAAGCUCUAACUCUCUCCAAAAUCGGCUUUUUAAAAUUGGGCUGCAGCCAUAAACAAGCAAAAUGAUCAAAGCAGAAAGCAAAGGAGGCGAGAGGACCCUGAGGAGCGCGUCUCCUCACAGAAAUGCAUACAAGUCUGACUUUCACGCCAUUAAGUGCUCCUUUGAUGGGCCCAAAUCCGAAGGAGCCUCCAAAACAUUUGCAAAUGGAUCCAGUGACACCCGGGAAGACUCACGGGGAAGGCCUUUUGGGACCAGGGUGAAUAAGAUAAAGAACAUAUUCCUGCAGAUGGAUGGUCAGCAACAGGAGAGCCAAGAGGUCAAAGUGGCUUUAAAGUCUGAUGUGUCCCAGGUGUCCCCACCAAAGAUGCAGUUUCCAGUCAACACCCACAGAGUUAGCUUCAACAGUGCUACAAGCCCAGAGCCACUCAUUGCAGAUAAAACACCCAAGGGGGAAGAUGUUGAGAUUGACAAAGUGGCUUUGGCGGAGAAGUUUUCUGUGACCAGAAAACUCUUUGAACGGGGCAUCAAAGAGCAGCCCGCAACCGAGAAGCAAUCUCCAAACAGAGUAGUAAAUCGUUUGUCCCUUGGAAGUGCUUCUGAUGAGGGGAAAAGCACAAGGAGGGUAUCAGGAUCCUCAGAGACCACUAUGAAAUCAGAGCAAACUCCUACAUCAGCAGUUAAAGGUCAACCAGAUGAGAAGGCUGACGGUGAGAAAAAGCAUGUGUCAAGAGUUUCACUGAAUGCAGGACCCAUGUCAAAGAGACUGGAGAAUUAUAUAGUGGAGAAUGACUCAGAGGACAGCAACAUAGCUGCGGCAAAAGGAGGAGUGGUGUCUGCUAAACAACACAGUUCCAUUGAACACUUAUCGCCUACCUCUCCACCAAGGGACAGCUUACACAAACCCACUUCUCCUGUCAAAGAUGCCACUGAGUCUUCAAUUAUAACUGAUGCCACUAAUAAAAAUAAAGACAACAGAGCAGUGUCUUUAGGUGCCGGUGCUGGGCUUAAACCUAGAUUCCCACUUCCCAGUGCAGCAUCCAAGUCUACUUCUUUGGCAGCUGAUUCCUCUCACAAGGCCAUCUCACCUGAGCAAACCCCAGUCAGCCAUGGCUACAAGUGCUCCUCGUCAUCUGGUGAAGGAUUUAAUAGGAUAUUUCUUGGUGGAGAUGGAGGCAAACCACAAAGUCCGCCACCAAGUGAUGUGAAGCAGCCUCCUCUGUCGUCUGGUGGCAUUCAGAAUGCUAACAGGGCCAAAUAUUCUGAAAAUGCCAAAAGUUUUAACAGUGUGAUACAUAGUCCUACUGGCGACAAGCCACCCAGCCAGACCUCAUCACUGGACUCCAAAGGAGUGAGCAUGGUACGGGCUGAACUGGUAGUGGUUCAGAAUGAGUCCUCUGAGAGUGAUGAGAACGAGGGCGUCGAAGAUAAUGUGUUUGAGGAACAGAAAAUGCAGCACUCUAAAGACCUACAGCCUGACCUGAAACGUACCUCUCCACCAGAAAAACAGAACUCUGCUCCUCAGGUCAUGUUGAGAGAUGACACAAAGGAAGCACAAAGGAUAGCAGAGACUGUGGGUGAAUAUAGGGUCCUAGAAGAUAACAAGGAAUUUGGGCUGAAAGACAAGAGACCAGAAGAGAGUUUAGUUGUGAGCCGGGAUGGUGAAGAUGAUCGUGAUGAAGAUGAUGAAGCAGCAGAGGAGGAUGGUGAACUGGAGGAUCAGGUAGUUCGAGCAUCUCCAGUAGCGUACGGUAUCGAGAAUGCAGCAUUUGUGGAUGACAGGGAUGUGGACCAGGUCCUCAGGGAAGAGGAAGAGGAAGAGGAGGAGGAGGAGGAGGAGGAAGAAGGCGAAGAGGAGUAUGAGGAAGAUCAAAUGUAUAGGGAAUAUGAUGACUGUUAUGAGGCCCCUGGACUGUCAGAUGAGGAUGAGCCUCCCGUAAAGAGGAAAAUCAAGUUCUCCACAGAUCCUAUUAUGGUCUUCAGUACCUUCUCUAAUGAGGAAUAUGAUCGGCGCAACGAUGAUGUCGACCCAGUAGCAGCAUCGGCAGAGUACGAGCUGGAGAAGAGAGUCGAGAAGAUGGAUGUGUUUCCUGUGGAGAUUGAAAAAGGAGACAACGGGCUUGGUAUCAGUAUCAUAGGAAUGGGAGUGGGAGCUGACCAGGGUCUGGAAAAACUUGGCAUUUUUGUGAAAACCAUCACAGAGCAAGGAGCAGCUGAAAAAGAUGGACGCAUACAGGUGAAUGACCAGAUAGUGGAGGUGGAUGGUAUUAGUCUUGUGGGAGUUACCCAACUGUUUGCUGCUACAGUGCUAAAGAACACCAAAGGCACCGUGAGGUUCCUGAUUGGUCGGGAGAAGCCGGGAACACAGAGCGAGGUAGCCCGCCUCAUAAGCGAGACACUAGAGCAGGAGAAGAACCAGCAACAGCAACAACACCUGGAUGACCCCUAUGAACACUCAACAGAGGAGGAGGAGCGGUAUGAGGAGGACGACGGAGUGGAUGAGAGGAUUCUAGGGUCCAACUUCUCUCCAGGGCGGAACGUAGAGGUGUUUGACCUGCCGAUGUCAGAGGCUUUGUUUAUGCCAACCAACAUGGACGGCUCUCAGAUGGCCUUCAAGUUCAAAGAGCUCCAGCUUAAACACAGCAUUGCCACAGCUGAAAUAAAUCAACUGAAGGAAAAGCUAAGGUCAUCAGAAGAGAGCAAAUCGUUGUGGGAAGCCAGGGAGUCUGCACUGGAGCAAAAGAUCGAGGACAGCAACGACAAGAUCCUCAAGUUGGAGAAUUACUGGCUGGAAGCCCAGGGUCUCUGUAAGAGUGUGAAUGAACAAUUAGCUGAGACUCAAGCCCAGUAUGAAACUCUGGACAAGAAAUACAACAAAGCCAAGAAACUGCUCAAGGACUACCAACAGAAAGAGAUAGACUUUGUGAAAAAAGAGGAGGAACUGAAAAAAAUUCUAGAUGAAAAAGACAAGUGGUACAAGGAGCAGCUGGAGAGUUUGCAGAACAGGAUAGCUGCCCUGGAGUACAGAGGGUCUUCAGUCGUGGAGUGUCAGAGUGGUCAGGACUCUGCUGCAGAGGAGAGACGAAGCAGCCAAGACUCCGUUACCAACGCACAGUCUGUUGACUCACUGCAAGAACAAGACUGGAGUGAGCUGGUCCCUGAGACUGAGCGCUUAGACACCAGUGCACACAGAGCCAAAGGCCUGCUGGCCCAAAAGGCCAAGCGUCAGCCUCCGUCGCGAAGCAAACUGAAGGAGAGCCUCACUGUGGCCUCAGGUCAUUCUCAGGAAACUGAAGAAGAGGAGGAGCAGGAAUCUCCCAGGAGGAGGAGGUCUAUCCAGGAGAGCCUGUCCCUCCCAGUCCCCGUCUGCUAUCCUGGGAACGGACAGAAAGAUGAUCCAGGUGAGACUAGAGAUGGAUCCAGGAAUAAGGCAGAGCUUUCCAGCAGCCCGUCUUUGUCUCCGUCACAAGGAGACAGUGUUGAAAGCAGCGGAAGUCCCUCUUUGUCCCCCCCAAAGCACAGUUCUUCACCACAUUCCCCCUCUGGGUUUAUGCGCAAUGUCAAGAAGAGGGAGUCCAAAGGCAAAAGCAAAGAGCUCAAAGAGGAGUUAAAUGAGCCUUCAUCAGCAGGAAAAUCUAAAAGAAGAUUUCCAGACUUUGGUGGCCUCCGGAAGUCUGGUGGAAAAGGAAAAAAACAUGACAAGGAGGCGAUGAGGGCAUCUUUGGACAGCAGGGGGUCAGCAGAGUUACUGGAGGAAUCUGGAGGGAACCUGUCACCUGCAGAGUCAAUGACCUCCAUUCCCACCUGUAUGCCUUUCUCCUGGUUUGGAGACAAAGAGAAGGACAGAGACAGAGAGCCUUCCUCUUCCAGCAGCAGCCUACCCUACUCUGCCAAUGAGACCAGCAGUGAGCAAAGCCAGGAUCGUAAGAAUAAAACAAAUCUCUCCUGGUCCUCUUUAUUCAGUCGUUCGUUAGAUUUGAGUUUUUCAGUCAUAGAUGAUUCUAACCCUGCCAGUCCCAGUUCAGACAUCUCUGGGUUAGUUGCUGAACCCAAUCUGUCUGGGCGCUCACACACUUUAAUCUUCUCUUCCAGCGAGACUUUGGAUGAUGAACCAGUAGCCACAGGAAAAGAGUAUCUGUGGCAGACCCGGCCAGUCUCUGAAUGGACUAAUCAGCAGGUCUGUCACUGGUUGAUGGGCAUGAACAUGGACCAAUACACGCCUGAAUUCACAGCUAAGGGAGUGGACGGCCAGCAGCUGCUGCACUUGGACAGUGACAAGUUGAAGGCACUCGGUGUGUCGAGUCAAAGUGACCGUUCAACUAUCAAGAAAAAGCUGAAGGACAUGAGAAAGGCCCAGGAGAAGCUGGAGAAACAGAGAGAGAAAAGAGAGAAGGAGGGUCGACGCAGUGGGAGACUUCCACUGGCUUCUGACUCCGUCUGCUGAGGUAUCAGCUCUGCUCUGAUCCAAACAUCUCAUACAGCUCAUCACCAUGAAGGAGCCUGAGAGACUAUUGUUCUGUAACUUCUGGCUCCAUGUCACAACAGAACAUGACUGCCAGGAGUAACCCUGUGCUGACUGAAGUGCCAGUUGUCAUUAAUGUGCGUACUGCUUCUUUUCUUUUCCCCCAAAUACUUUAUGAAUAUUCAGCUUAAAUCGUGUAAAUGAAUUAUUGAGAAUGUCAAAACGUUGGGUAUGUGACCAAAAAGAUAUCCUAACAUUUUUUACCACUAAAAAACAAUCUAGAAGCUAUAAUGAUGAAAGUCUGCACUCAGAUAUGAUGUAGUUCUUGCAGAUCACGCACACAUUUACCUAUGGAAGUCAAAUGUAUACUGCUUUUUUAGCAUUUUAUAUUUUUGCUAAUAUGAUAAACCUGUUUCCAUGUUCGACCAUUUGCUGGAACAGCGACUGUACAGUUCAGAUAAAAGCACUAUAUUUGUCUUUUAAGCUUAAAUGGGCGACAAGGUUUUAAAUGUAUAAAUAAGUUUUAUACAUGUGCCUAUUAACUGCAUAUCUUUUUUUUUUUUUUUUACCUAAAUACCAUUGUUCAUUUUAUACUAUCUAAAAGUUUCUACUAAGUAGAAUAGCUAGGGCCAUUGUCUCUGCUGAAUGAAAAGCAACAAAUCAAAUCAACUAGGGACGAUGUGAAUGCUGCUGCUCUGUCCCGGACUCCGUAUCGCUGAGAUGGUACCAUGAUGCUCCAUGUAAACGCACACGGCAUGCAGGUCUGCUACGCUAAACCUCACCGAUCCAUCAGACACUAGGAAGAGCCGAUGACAAGGACUUGUGUGAGUCGGGAGCAGCGUCGUGUAUGAAUGUGAGGCUGAACAGUGAGUCCACAGCCAAACCCAAGUGCUUCUUUUCUCCUUCUCAAGCAUGACGCCAUGUUCUGUAUAGAAUACGACAUGUUGGACUGCAAGAAAGCUGUGUUUUCCGUGUCCUCUGAAUCGGAGAAACGUUUCUUGGUACAUACAGCAUCAAUAAACUAAUUUUCACUGUA